AUGGUUCUUCAGGAGGAACACCAGCUUAAUUCAUCUACAGCAUCAGGGUUUCUACUCUUGGAAUUCUCAACAGUUUUUGAACUACAGAUUCUGCACUUCAUUGGAUUCCUGGUGUUUUACCUGACAGCAGUUGUGGGAAACCUUCUCAUUAUCUCUGCAGUUGCCUCUGACCAGCACCUGCACACCCCCAUGUACUUCUUUCUGAUGAACCUGGCCAUACAGGAUGUAGGACAAGUGUCGGUCAUCUUCCCCAAAGCCAUGGCCAAUUCCCUCAUGAACAGCAGACACAUUUCUUUCUCUGGGUGUGUGGCUCAGGUCCUCUUUUUUAUCUUCUUUAUAGCUUCUGAUUUCUUUCUUCUCACAGUCAUGGCUUAUGAUCGGUAUGUUGCCAUUUGCUACCCAUUACAAUACCAGAGCUUGAUGAACAAACAGGCCUGUAUUCAAAUGAUUGCUACUGUAUGGAUCUUCGGCCUUUUCUAUGCGAUGUUGCACACUGGAGGAACUUUUGUACCCCCUUUUUGCUCCAACAUUGUCAAUCAGUUUUUUUGUGAAAUCCCCCAGUUACUUAAGCUUGCCUGCUCAAAUUUGUACUUAACUGAAAUAGGAAUUCUCUUUGUAUCUGCUCUUUUUUCAUCAGGCUGCUUUAUUUUCAUUGUUGUGUCUUAUGCCUAUAUCUUCACUGCAGUGCUGAGAAUCCCCUCCAUGCAGGGAAGGCAAAAGACUUUCUCAACUUGCCUUCCACACCUCAUUGUUUUUUCUGUUUUUAUAGUCACAGGAUAUUUUGCAUACUAUAACCCCACAACUACUUCACAUCUGAAUUUGGUAUUUACAAUGAUAUAUACUAUGGUCCCCCCCUUGAUGAAUCCCAUAAUCUACAGCAUGAGAAACAAAGAAGUAAGACAUAGUAUGUCAAGGCUGUUGGGACUAAGGUAUUCUUCUAUGUGUACUUCAUCCAGUCCUUUUCUGCAAAGCUGA